AUGUCUGCUUCAAGACCUCCCAUGCGUCCCCCCAUCCCGUCAAGGGCUGGUCCCAGAGCUCCUCCAGUAGGCCGUUUGGCCAGUCUUAGGGCUCCUACCCCAACUCCCAUCAAACGGCCUCAAUCAAUCGCGCGUCCCCAAGCUGCCAGGCCAACUACUCAUCCGAAGACCACCACUUGCCCUAACCCCGGCUGUCCUGCUCCUCAUAUCGUUGAGGAUGACGGUCAUAAGGUUUGUUCUGGGUGUGGUACUGUUAUUAGUGAAGCAAACAUUGUUUCUGAAGUCACCUUCGGUGAAACAUCUUCGGGUGCAGCGGUCGUUCAAGGAGCAUUCGUUGGUGAGGAUCAAACCCACGUCCGCAGCUAUGGACCAGGUUUCCAGCGAGGGGGUGCUAUGGAGAGUCGAGAAAUCACCGAGCAAAACGGAAAUCGGUACAUCAAUCAACUGAGCCGUGCUCUGAAUAUCCCGGAAAGUGCCAUGAAGGCUGCGGGUCAAGUCUUCAAGCUUGCAGUGGGGUUGAACUUCAUUCAAGGUCGCCGAACCAAGACGGUGGCCGCAGUAUGUCUGUACAUUGCCUGUCGACGACAGGACGGAAAUACCGUCAUGCUAAUCGAUUUUGCUGACGUACUUAUGGUCAAUGUGUUCAAACUCGGUCGAACCUACAAAGCACUGCUGGAUGAACUGCGCUUGGGUGGCAAUGUCUUCUUGAUGAAUCCCAUUGACCCGGAAAGCUUGAUCUAUCGAUUCGCCAAACAACUCGAGUUCGGUACCGCGACAAUGCAAGUUGCUAGUGAGGCCGUGCGUAUCGUGCAGCGGAUGAACCGUGACUGGAUGACAACUGGUCGACGCCCCGCUGGUAUCUGUGGUGCAGCCUUGAUCCUUGCUGCCCGGAUGAACAAUUUCCGUCGAACUGUUCGCGAGGUAGUCUACGUCGUUAAGGUUACCGAGAUCACCAUCAAUCAACGUUUGAACGAAUUCAGCUCGACUGAAAGUGCCGAGCUUACCGUCGACCAAUUUCGAUCUGUGCAAUUGGAGAAUUCGCAUGAUCCACCUUCCUUCACGCGAGCCAGGGAAGGAAGAAAACCGUCUCGAAGCCUUAAAAGAAAGGCUCCGGAGACCGCAGCGGAGAUUGAGGAAGACAUGUCGGAUGUAGACAAUGCGGAGCCAAGGCGUGUUGAUGCCGACGGCUUCGCUAUCCCGAGCCUUCCUAUUGACCCGGCUUUGAUAGCAGCGGAUGGCGGCCGGCGACGAUCGUCCAUUGCGUCCACAGUCAAUGAGGUUGCAUCCGAGGCUAUUGAAGAAGAUUUGGCCAAGUCUAAACCCGGGCGGCCGACCAAACGACAGAAAUUGCCUUCACCAACCCCGGAUCAGGUCGCGUCUGAGGAGGCACUUGAAGUUGAGAUGACCACUCUCCUCAAGGAAGGCUCCACUCUGAUAGAGAGUGCGGGCUCCACUCAGGAAUCACGAAGGCAAAUCCCGGACAGCGUAGAAAUCCAUGCUUCCGAAUUUGAAUCUGACCCGGAGGUUGCUGACUGCCUCUUGUCUCCUGCCGAGGUCGAAAUCAAAGAACGAAUCUGGGUGCACGAGAACAAAGAAUACUUGCGGAUUCAGCAGGCCAAGGCUCUGAAGCGGGCCUUGGCGGAGGCUGAAUCGCAGCCCGGGAUGCGCAAGCCCCGUAAGCGCCGCAAGGGCAGGUUGGGCGAUGUCACCUAUCUUGAAGGAGACGGAGAGGACGCCGAUGGGAGAAGCACUCGGGCCUCCACUCCGGCAGAAGCGACCCGUCGCAUGUUAGAACGAAGAGGGUUCAGCAAGAAGAUCAACUAUCGCCUUUUAGAGUCAUUAUUCGGUGAUGAAGGAGCCGACGAUGCCACCAAGGCUAAGGCAGAGACUAUGAGCAGAAGCCGCAGUCGUAGCCAAAGUGUUAUUUCGCGACGUAGUGCCAGUGUGGAACCACGCGCGAUGCCUCUGUCUACAGCUAAACCUGUUGGUUCCCCCGCGCCUCCUGCAGGGCCCACGCAACCUCCUGGAGAGAAACCCCUCCUUCAGCUAGGGAUUCAGGCUGACAAGGCUGACCGUGCACAUGCCAAUGAAGAGGUGCUCGGACCAGCGCCCGGAGCCGAUGGCAAGCCUGCGGACGCGGCCGAGGAAGAUGAUUAUGAUGAUGAUGAAGAGGAUGACGAUGACGAUGAUCCCGACGGUGUUGACGCGGCAUUUGCGGGUCAAUACGGUGACUACUACGACGAGGGAAGUGAUUACGAUAGUGAUUAG